AUGUAUAAAACAAUCGCCCAUGUUCCUCUAACCCCUAGAAUCUGUGAACUGUUCGAGCUGACCGAAAGAGGACUCCCAUCCGUACAGCCAAAGAGAUCAAAGAGCGAGAUUAACGCGUCUAGAGGCUUCCCGAAGGACCUCGAGACUCGAUAUUCGUGCAAGAGCUCUGUCCUUCUGAAGGAAAUGUCAUACAAUGACUAUCAUCUGAAGACGAGAAUCAAGUGGCCUUCAACUGCAUUUUGCCAGUCGCAGACGUCCUCCUUCACAUGGAUUUCAAAGCUGAAAGAGUCACGUUCCCAUAUAUAUACUGGAAAUGUCUUCUAUUCGGUGUGGACGAGCUGCAAAGCAGCUUUGGAUUUUCUCAAAACACUGCCCGAGCAUAGCGGGCUGAAGAUCAAGAGCUUCUACAUCCCAAGCAGGGCCGCUACGACGAGCGAAGGUGACAAUAUGUGCUUCCAUGAGCAGCUGUGCAAGUUUAUUCCGGCUGAGAUGCAAUUGGAAGACGUUACAAUAGGCGUACCGAACGAUUUGGAUGAUGCUGGCGACGGGAACAACAACUCUACGAAUGGCUCGGCUUCGAUGCUGUUGCCGGAUUGA